AAAAUGUAUAUUACCGCGCACCGCCUCGCUGUCUGUGGUGUUAAUCUGUCAAAAUUAAAUAAAAGCUGUGUUGUGUAAAAUUUAGAAGAUUUAUAACUUUAUAUCUAUUAUCUAGUAAAUAAAUAGGUAUCUAAAUAGUCUUUUUUUAUAAUGGCAGAUUCUGUUUUAAGCGAUAUCAGUAAGAUGAAGGUAGUAGAGUUACGAAAAGAACUUAAAUCACGUGGACUAUCGUACGCCGGUGAUAAAGCGGAGCUCCUAGCGAGAUUACAAGCAGCAAUGUCUCAAGAGGAUCACGGAGAUAUUAAUCUUGAUUCAGAUGAAAUAGAUUCAGACGGAGUGCUAGAAGACGAAGACGAUAAAAGCCAAAACGAUAUCUUGGAUGAUGUAGCUGUAGACACCUUAAACGAAGAGUUCGCACUCGAAGAAGUCUCUCCGCCAAAGCAGCCUACAGAAACAAAACCACAGAGAACGUUAAAGAGGAAAAUCACUUCGGAAACGAAAGCAACACAAAACAAGGAGGCAGGUGCAAAGAAAAUUGUUUUGAAUCGGACAAUUUCCAUAACAUCCAGUUCUACCAAACCGGAAGAAGACAAAAAGGAGGAGGUUACACCACCAGAGCCAGAUCUGAGUAUAAAAACUCCAAAUAAUAAAAUCAAAAUAACUGCUGACAUUGAUCCUAAAACAAGAUUAGAGAUGCGUGCAAAAAGAUUUGGCUUGCCAGUAAAAAUGACAGAUGAGCAACGAAAAGAGGCCAGAAAAGAACGAUUUAACCAAAGGACAACCACUAGUAACAGCAUACUUGAUAACACAAAUACUGGUUCAGUGUCUGAUAAUUUGGAUAAAUUCAAGAAAAGGGCUGAACGAUUUGGUCAGUCUGUGUCAGCAAUAAUGACAGACAUUGAAAAUAAAGAAAAAUUAGAGAAGCGUAAAGCUAAGUUUUCUUCUGUUAAAUAGAUUUGUGAUGGGUAAUAGUGAAUUAUUGAUCUAUAGUGCAUAUUGCAGUUUUCUUUAUAUCAUUAUUUUUAAAUAUAAGUAUUUCAAUUGUUACUUCUUGAAUUACUAUA